AUGAAGUUCUUCACAGCUCUUUCUUUCGUAGCCGGCAUGGCCAGCGCUCGUCCUGCUGGGGAUGUUGAGGCCCGCCAGUUUGGUCUUGGUGGUCUUGGUGGCUCUACGCGCAAUGACCUCGAGCAAGGCGCUGCUGGUAGCUGUCCCAAGGCCAUCUUUAUCUUUGCCCGAGCCACAACCGAGCAAGGUAACAUGGGCAUGUCUACAGGUCCCGCUGUGGCAAGCAAGCUUGAAGCCAAGUAUGGAAAGGGUGGAGUUUGGGUUCAAGGUGUUGGUGGCCCAUACACGGCCGAUGUUCCUGGCAACCUUAUGCCGGAUGGCUCUUCACCAGCUGGUAUCAAUGAAGCCGUCCGUCUUUAUAACAUGGCACACGAGAAGUGCCCUGAUACUCCCGUUGUUACUGGUGGAUACAGUCAAGGAACUGCCUUGGUUGCUGCCGCCAUCUCCAAACUUGACCCAAAGGUUAUGGACCAGGUCAAGGGUUGCGUUCUCUUCGGAUACACAAAGAACGCCCAGAACAAUGAGGCCAUCCCUAAUUACCCCAAGGACCGUACUGCUAUCUACUGCAACGUGGGAGAUGCUGUCUGCACCGGAACUUUGAUAAUCACCGCUGCUCACUUUAUGUACCAAGCCGACGCGGCUGGUCCUGCUCCUGAGUUCCUCAUCUCCAAGAUUGGCUAA